ACAGGCGCAGGCGCCGCGCGCAGACCAACUUCUCCGGUCCAUUGUUAUGGCACACUUCGGAUUCAGAGGAGUCUUCUGGCUCUUUUGGGGGGAGGGAAGAAUCGGACUUAGCAUUAAUACAGCUUGAAAGGGGCCAUUCUGUGAUUUUUUUGGGAGGGGGUGUUGCUUUGCGGAAGACAGAGGAGAAAGGAGCUGGGGUCGCGCGUGCAUUCUCUCUCUCCCUUUCCUCUCUCUCUAGGAGGAGGCUGCGCCUUUCUUUGCGCAGACUUCACUCUCUCCCGGCGCGCACACAGGAGGUGGCGUUUGUGCAUUCAGGCAACAGUUUGGACUGCCUGGAUAGAGCCUAUAUGCAUGUGUGUGCAAUAAUCCUUCAGAAAGAAACACAGAUUUGUUUUCCUUUUGUUGAUUUUGGAGAGUUUUUGUUUCGGACGCUGAGCCGGGGGAUUGAACAUGCCAGAGCUGUGAAGAAAUAGCCGCGCGUCCCUCCGCCGGUUCUACCCGCUGUGGAAACAGUGCGCGCCCAGAAGAAGAUGGGGGCAAAGAGGAUUCGAGCCAAAGCCAGGACUGGUCCGCUCUCCACCGUGGCUCUCCGGCUGUUGUUUGUGCUCGCGCUCGUGGAAGGCACCGCGGGGAAAACGCUCAAAUACAAAGUUUACGAGGAGCAGAAAGUGGGCACGGUCAUUGCGCGGCUGAAGGAGGACGUGGCCGGAGUUCUUUCCAAGCUCCCCAGCUCCCUCACGUUUCUGUUCCGUGCAAUGCAGAGGGGGGGCCCACGGUUUUUGUCUGUCCGGGAGGAGGACGGAGAGAUCAGCAUUGCCACCAAAAUCGACCGCGAGAAGCUUUGUGAAAAAAACUUAAACUGCUCCAUCGAGUUCGACGUGGUCACGCUCCCCACGGAGUACCUGCAACUGUUCCACGUUGAGGUGGAGGUCCUGGACAUCAACGACAACUCCCCGCACUUCUCACGCGGCAUAGUGCCCAUCGAGAUUUCCGAGAGCGCGUCCGUGGGGACGCGCGUCCCGCUGGACGGAGCGGUGGACGCAGACGUCGGGGAGAAUGCCCUGCACACCUACUCACUGACGCCCAACAACUUCUUUAAGAUUGACGUGAGGACGAGGACGGACGGGGCCAAGUACGCAGAGCUGGUGGUGAUGAGGGAGCUGGACCGGGAGGUGCAGUCCAGCUACCAGCUGCAGCUCACAGCCUCUGAUAAUGGUGCACCCCCCAAGUCAGGGUCAACUCUGCUCAAAAUAAGUAUCUCAGAUUCCAAUGACAACAGUCCAGCAUUUGAUGAGCAGGUAUAUAUCAUCAACCUGCUGGAAAACUCACCCCUUGGGACUCUAAUCAUUGACUUAAACGCCACAGAUCCAGAUGAGGGCACCAAUGGGAAAAUAGUCUACUCUUUCAGCAGCCAUGUCUCACCAAAGAUCCUGGAGACAUUUAAAAUCAAUCCAGAAAAUGGCCACAUCACUCUAAUUCAGAAAGUGGACUAUGAAAGCACCGUAUCAUAUGAACUGGACGUUCAGGCUCAAGAUUUGGGCCCUAAUUCAAUUCCUGGACUUUGCAAAAUUGUGGUGAAAGUGGUGGAUGUGAAUGACAACAAGCCCGAGAUAAACAUCAACCUGAUGACAACGGGGAAGGAGGAGGUGGCCUAUAUUUCAGAGGGAGCCCCAGUGGAUACAUUCAUCGCUUUGGUUCGGGUUGAUGACAGUGAUUCAGGACUGAAUGGUGAAGUGGUGUGCAGGCUGCAUAGUCAAGGCCACUUCAGGCUUCAGAAGACUCAUGAGAAGAACUACAUGAUCUUGACCAAUGUGUCGCUGGACAGGGAGAAGAGGUCAGAAUAUAGUUUGACGGUGAUAGCUGAGGACAAGGGCCUUCCCAGUCUUUCCACAAUCAAACAUUUCACAGUCCAGGUUCUGGAUGAAAACGAUAACCCUCCUCGUUUUGAAAAGAGCCGUUAUGAGGUCUUUAAAUCUGAAAAUAACUCUCCAGGAGCCUACUUGAUGACUGUGGUGGCCUCAGAUCCAGAUCUGGGUACCAAUGGCCAAGUCACCUACUCCAUUAUAGAUGCUCUGGUCCAAAACAUCCCAAUUUCCACCUGCGUCACCAUUGACCCCUCCAAUGGUGCCAUCUAUGCCCUGCGUAGCUUUGACCAUGAAGACGUCAGCAGGAUUGCCUUCACGGUUCGGGCUCGUGAUGGGGGGAACCCCGAGCUGUCGGCCAACACCAGCGUCCUUCUCACUAUUCUGGAUGAAAAUGACAACCCGCCGGUCAUCCAUUCCCCUUCACUGCGGAACCACACAGCCGAGCUUCCUGUGUGGAAGUAUGCUUCUCCAGGUCAGUUAAUCACAGCGCUCAAAAUCAUUGACCAUGACUCUGGUACCAACGGAGAAUUCAGCUGCGCCAUUGUUGGUGGAAAUGAGGAUGGGCUCUUUGUGAUGGACGCGAGGAGGUGCGAACUCAGAACUAAUGCCAGCCUCCAACAGGCUCCACGGGAUGUGAUGGAGGUCCGAGUGGAGGUGCAAGAUCGGGGAGCAAGUCGCCUAACCACAGGAGCCUUGCUCAGGCUGACCAUACAGGAGAACAUUGACCCCCUCCCUUCCCUUUAUCCCACCGGCUCCAGUCAGGCCCCUCUAGAUCCCUCCCUCAUUGUCAUCAUUUCUCUGGUUGCUGUCUGUACUCUGCUCCUCAUCGUCAUGGUGAUGUUUGCAACUGCCCGCUGCAACCGUGAGAAGAAAAACCCCAGACACAAAUACAACUGCCGAGUGGCAGAGAGUAGUUACCAGAACCAUCCCAAGAAGCCUUCCAGGCAGAUCCACAAGGCCGACAUCACACUGGUACCCACCAUCAAUGGAACCUUACCGGUCCGAGCGCACUCUCGCUCUCCUCUGCCCUCACCUACACCUGAGAGGGGCACUCUGGGGAGCAGACAGAGCCAUCACAGCCGCCAGUCUCUCAACAGCCUGGUCACCAUUUCUUCCAAUCACGUGCCGGAGAACUUUGCUCUAGAGUUGGCUCACGCUACACCUCCUGUUGAGCAAGUCUCACAGCUUCUGUCCAUGCUCCAUCAGGGCCAGUACCAGCCCCGGCCAAGCUUCAGAGGCAACAAAUAUACCAGGAGCUACAGAUAUGCCCUCAACGAGAUGGACAAGUUUAGCCUGAAGGACAGCGGGCGCGGGGACAGCGAAGCGGGGGACAGCGACUAUGAUCCUGGGAGGGAGUCCCCCAUGGACCGGCUCAUCUGUGAGGGCUUUACUGAGAUAUAUACCCCUGAUGGCCGGCACAGACCGCAUGCAGCCAUGCGUCUCUGCACAGAGGAGUGUCGGGUUCUGGGGCACUCGGAUCAGUGCUGGAUGCCCCCCCUCGCCUCGCCAGCCUCAUCCUCCUCUGACUAUCGAAGCAACCUCUACAUUCCUGGGGAAGAAGCCCGCCAAGCCGCCGACAUCACCCAGGAGAAGGUACCUCAGCCAUGCACUGACACCGGACCGGCUCGGAACCAGAGCUUCUCCACCUUCGGCAAGGACUUGGGUGAGGAGGGUGGGGGAGAAGAUGAAAGGGGGGAGGGGAACUCCACUGAAACCAAAGAUGAAGAUCUGUGUGGAACCUCAUCAUUGCUGUCAGAGAUGAGCAGCGUGUUCCAGAGGUUACUCCCCCAGGGUUUGGACUCAUACAUGCAGGUCAACGAGAACCAGAAGGGAACUAGUCUAAGUGGGGUGGGGGUCCCCAUGACAGGAUCUUUAGAUCGUAGGAGGGGUCACCUUCCUGGAAAGCCCAGCCCCUCCGUUCAUCAGCAGGGCGUGGCGGCCUGGGCUGCCAACACCCACUUCCAGAACCCCGGAAGCAGCAUCGGCCCGUCCGGUCAGCAUCAGGGGGGCAGCUACCACACCCUGAAGCCCAGCACCAAACUCAGCUCCCAGAGCGGUAGCCACAAGGGCUCACAGGCCCCCAAAAACAGCCCCCAGAGCAACGGGCACCACUCCAAACCCCACAGCACCCCCCUGCUCACAGCGCUUGUCAGCCCAACACUGGCGCAGCCUUCCCCGGCCCCCCUCCCAGCCCAGCUUCCUGGGCCCUCUUCAAAGUGGUUGCCGGCCAUGGAGGAGAUCCCGGAGAACUACGAGGAAGACGACUUUGACUCUGUGCUCUGCCACCUUCAGGGCAAGCGUAGCGACAGCCGGCACGAGCUGGUGGAUGCCAGUGAGCUGGUGGCUGAGAUCAACAAGCUCCUGCAGGAUGUGCGGCAGAGUUAAGCCACUGUGGCUGUGGCUCCAGCGGACGCAGAGCAGCAACCUCUGUGCUCCUGCAGAAAUAAACUCUGAGCAUCAAGAACAAAAACAUGAAAAGUAAAGACAAAAAACAGGACACACUGAUGUCGUUAAAGUUGCAUUUCUUAUAAAACUGUUGUGUUUUGUGAAUGCUACAUAUCCCAAAAAAAGUUAAAAUGUUUGUUAUUGCUGGUAUCGUACACAAUGUACACCAUGUGACUGUAUUUAUCUUUGUAUUUCAAAAAUACAUUUGUAUACUUAUAUUUAUAAAAUUGUAAAUACAUAUAAUCAAAAGUCUAUUUUUAUAUUUUGGUGCAUGUAGAGUACAAAAACUGUAUCAAGACUGACAUGCGAUCGACAUUCUGCAUAUUUAAAUUGUCUUUUGUAUUGUGAUUCUUUUUUUAUGCCUCUAUUGUAUGUUUAAAUGAGUAUAUUAAUGAAAUAUUGAAUGCUUGUUUUGUGAUAAAAUGCUGGAGGGAAAGAAAGGAGGAUAAAUUAAAGUAAUAUACAAACA